AUGCGCGAUGUGGCAUUCACGGCGAAACGUUCUAUAGGGCAGGUUAUUGGAGCUAUAGCAUCAAAGUUGGUUUCUCUCAGAGGGCCCGAAGAACCUCGAGCCGUUCAAGUGCUUCACAAGUGUGGUGCUGUGCUGCUCAAUGAACGUUGGCUAUUGACAGCUGCUCAUUGCGUCUAUGAAUAUCGAAGAAAGAAGUAUCUCGCUACUCUCAAAGCUCGCCUAGGAGAAUAUGACGUAUCAGCUAAUUCGAACAGUCGCCAGGACAUUGGAGUUGACACUCUCAUCACACAUCCGCAGUACCAGGACCCGUACAGACAGAGCAAUGAUAUUGCUUUGCUUCGUUUGAACAAGGACGCCGUCUUCAGUGAUAACGUGUGGCCAGUUUGUCUGCCAGAUCGAAAGACGGAAGUUACGGGCAUGAACGCCACAGUGGCUGGAUGGGGGCAAACUUCAUUCAAUGGCGGACGAAAGAACAUCCUUCAAAAAGUGAAUGUGCCCGUACUGACCAAUGGUGCCUGUCUAAAAAUGUAUUUUGAAGCCGGACAUACAUAUCCCCUCGAAGACAACCAAAUGUGUGCCGGUUACAGGGAAGGAGGAAAAGAUUCGUGCCAGGGAGAUUCCGGUGGCCCUCUGUUCGUAAAUCAAGACAACAAAAUGACUGUCAUUGGUCUAGUGUCAGCAGGUAUCAAAUGCGGAAGUCCCCUGUUGCCCGGCAUCUAUACCAGAGUCAUCUCACACUUGGAUUGGAUAGAACAACAGAUUAAAGAUAACGACGUAUAGCUUACCUUUGACAUCAGCAGCAAUCACAGUCGCUCCGGCAAAGGAGUAGAAAGAGGAUUGAUUUAGCUGACGAGAUAUAUUUCUACUUACAUUACGCGAUGACUAAGCUGUUUUAUGAGUAAAGCAAACUCGGUAGCAAAUGACGAAUCAGACGAUGUUUGUUGGAAGCAAAGAUAUGAAUUUUGUUGUUGGUCCCCUAAAUAACAUAUAAUUAGAGAGAUAGCCAUAGUGUUUCUAUUAAUGGCAAAGCGCCCAAACUAUUAAAAUUUUCUCAUCAUGUAUAUAGUAUCAUGUAUAUCUCAUCAUGUAUCUGUAUAAAGAUUUGUUUUGAUAAUAUUCUGCAAAAUUAAAAAUAUUUUAAAUGAGGAUAUAAUAUUGACAUCUCAUUUCAAGUUAAAUAUAUAGAAAGCUUAAUAGGAGUGGAAAAUUAUUUUAUGUAUGUUCGAAAUUUGAAUGCUUGGAAAAAGGAAUUCAAAAGAUUAUAUCUUGAUAAGUUUGUGUUUGACUGGCCUCGCAUUGCUUUCUAUUCAACUUUUAGGCCUAAUUCAUAAUUAAUUUCAUAAAAUGAAAUUAACUUGAAUUCAUUUAGAAAUCGAAAUCAUC